CCCAUCCAUUUGAUAAAGAUGAGGGGGUGUUCAUACAGUAGGCUUUGUGAGGUGAAUUGAUUCGUGAUUUGAUUUACGAAAGGAUUUUCUUGUUCAGAAAAAAAAAAAACCGGCUCUGUCCUACUUAGAGAGACACCGCCACAGCCCAACCUGCUCUUUCCAGCUGGUGCUGCUCCCAAUUACAUCCACCUCCCUCUUUGUCCGCUUUCCCCUUCAUCUCUCUUUGCUCCUCCUUUUUGAGCCGGUUUGUGAACCUCGUGCUGUCUGCGUCAGACGACUCCAUUCAUGAAAAGUGUGACGUGAGAGGGUUGGUAACGCUACCACCCGCCCACUCACAGCCUGUGUGCUGCCGGAGAAACCGGAAUGCCUGUCAUUCUUCAGCCUGUUUGGGUUUUUUCUGUUUGCUGCUUUUUCUCCACCCUGACCAGUAAAUUUUACAUCCCCUUCAUUUUUAUCAACCCUGCAUCAGUGCUGAGGAAAAAGCAUGAAGUUGAGCUCUGUCCAACGUGAUUGAAAUACUGACAAACCAAUGUGUUAGGACCGCUCCUCACCAGGUGUACAUAACCCAUAUUCAUGCAUGACAUCAUGGGAAGUUCCCCCGAGGUGCUCUCAUGGACUUCCUGCCCCAGCAUGCUGGUGGGCAAGCUGAAGGAGGAGCUCAAACUCAGUGUAGUCGGGGACUCCAUGAAGAAAUCAAAUGUACCAAACUCUCAAACGCAGCCUCCUCCGGCUCAUCCCCCGAUAUUACCCCCUCAGAUCAUCACGGACCUGGCCCCGCCCACGCACCUGCCCAUGCCCCUGCAGCUUCUGCAACCGCCAAACCAGGACGAGGAGACGGUGCUCGGGGGUUUGAGUCCCCCAAAUACGGCCUUGAGCGUGGACUCCACGCGGAGCGAGGGCGGCCACUUUGACAACAGUGUUCUUCAACUGCAGGAGCACGACCACGAGGAACCAAUCUCGCCGGCCUCCCGCGAGCACGGUGGCUGCGGGAGCGGAAUGGAGGAGCAGACAGGAGAUAAGGACUGUCAUUUGGACCAUAGCAGCGAGGACAGACAAGGUCACCCGCAACACCCCGAUGACAUCAAGCUGCAUUUCCAAAGAACAGGGCCCGGGUCGGGUGGCUUUCUGGAGGGGCUUUUCGGCUGUCUCAAACCGGUCUGGAACAUCAUUGGAAAGACUUAUUCCACAGAAUACAAGCUACAACAACAAGACAUGUGGGAGGUUCCGUUUGAGGAAAUCUCAGAGUUGCAGUGGCUGGGUAGCGGUGCUCAGGGAGCCGUCUUCCUGGGCAAAUUCCGCUCUGAGGAGGUGGCCAUCAAGAAGGUGCGUGAACAGAAGGAGACGGACAUUAAGCACUUGCGGAAACUCAAACAUCCUAACAUCAUCAGCUUCAAGGGGGUGUGCACUCAGGCGCCUUGUUACUGUAUAAUCAUGGAGUACUGCGCUCAAGGCCAGCUCUACGAGGUGCUUAGGGCAGGGCGGAAAGUGACCCCCAGGCUUCUGGUGGACUGGGCCUCAGGCAUCGCCAGCGGCAUGAACUACCUUCACCUCCACAAGAUCAUCCACAGGGAUCUCAAAUCUCCCAAUGUUUUGGUCACCCACAAUGACUCUGUGAAGAUCUCUGACUUUGGAACAUCGAAAGAACUAAGUGACAAAAGUACUAAGAUGUCAUUUGCUGGUACGGUGGCCUGGAUGGCUCCAGAAGUGAUACGAAAUGAGCCGGUGUCGGAAAAAGUGGACAUCUGGUCGUUUGGAGUUGUCUUAUGGGAGUUGCUGACUGGAGAGAUCCCCUACAAAGAUGUCGACUCUUCUGCUAUCAUCUGGGGCGUUGGCAGCAACAGUCUUCACCUCCCCGUGCCCUCCACAUGCCCGGAUGGCUUCAAAAUCCUCAUGAAACAAACAUGGCAAGGCAAGCCCAGAAACAGGCCUUCAUUCCGUCAGAUCCUCCUACACCUCGACAUUGCCUCGGCUGAUGUUCUGGGAGCUCCUCAGGAGACCUACUUCAAGUCUCAGGCUGAAUGGCGAGAGGAAGUAAAGAAGCAUUUCGAGAAAAUCAAAAGCGAAGGCACGUGCAUUCACAGGCUGGAUGAAGAGCUGAUCAGACGCAGGCGGGAUGAACUCAGGCAUGCUCUGGACAUCCGGGAACACUACGAGAGGAAGCUGGAGAGAGCCAACAACCUCUACAUGGAGCUCAGUGCCAUUAUGCUACAGCUGGAGGUCCGAGAGAAAGACCUCAUGAAGAGAGAGCAAGCUGUGGAGAAGAAGUACCCCGGGACCUACAAGCGACACUUGGUCAGACCCAUCGUUCGAUCCAAUGCUGUAGAAAAGCUGAUAAGGAAGAAAGGAAGUAUUUCUCACAAACCUGGAAUGUCCACCGCCAAAAGACCAGACUUGCUCCGUUCUGACGGUAUCUCCAGCGUUGACCCCCUGCCGUCCCCCUCACCACUGUCCGCUAGCCCAAAGGUGCCCACACCUCCUGGGAAAGCCCGCUACCGAAGCAAGCCCCGCCAUCGCCGGGCCAACAGUAAAGGAAGCCAUAACGAGUUCCUCGGGGUGUUGAAAUCGACUCCAGGAGUGCCCGACGACGUCCAGUCACUACAGGAGUCACCUCUGCACCAUCAUCACCACCUCCCGCUGCCUACCUCAGGAUCGCCACUCCCGUUGAAGGGCCGCGAAGAGGCCGUUGUAAACUGUGCCAAUAACCUGCGUUAUUUUGGCCCCGCCGCUGCCUUGCGUAGCCCUCAGACUGAUCACCUACAGCGGCGUGUUUCCGGAUCCAGCCCUGACCUCAUCUCCACAGCGAUGGAUGCAGACACACGUCAGCGGACCUCAUCCACCAGCUCCAAUCCCCUCUCAGGUGCCGGUUCUGGCUGUCCCUGCUGUCAGGCUCACCCGUUCCCUGGAUGCCUUCACUGUCAGGAGACCACUCCUGCAUCCAGCCAGCCAGACUUGCCCAACUUUUCAUUGCCCAGUACUCAAGAGGGCAGCCAGUGCUCUUUGAGCGCUCCCAUCAAAGAUCCCAGUUCUAAUGGGGAGGUCUUGAAGAAGCCAGACCCUCAGGAACAGGAGUCCUUCCAGAACAAACACACCCUUCCGAAUGCACUUCCCCGUACACUCAGACCGCUGAGGAAGGGGGGAGAUGAGUCAUCUGAAGAGGAGGAAGGAGAGGUGGAUAGUGAAGUGGAGUUUCCAAGGAGACAGAGACCUCAUCGCUGUAUGAGCAGCUUCCAGUCGUACUCCACGUUCAGCUCGGAGAACCUGUCUGUGUCCGACGGAGAGGAGGGCAACACCAGCGAUCACUCCCACAGCGGGCCCCUGGAGAGGCUGAGUGCUAGCCAGGAGGAGCACCUGGACGAGCUUCUUUCGCACACGCCGGACAUCCCCAUCGACAUCUCCACUCAAUCGGACGGCUUGUCUGACAAGGAGUGCGCCGUCCGCAGGGUCAAGACACAGAUCUCCUUGGGAAAACUGUGCUCGGAUGAGCACAGCUACGAGAAUCCUCUCCAGUUUGGGGAUUCAGACUGCGACUCAUCCGAAGCAGAAUGCUCAGAUGCCACCAUCCGGAACCACAAACCAGCCCCUUCCUCAUGGUGAAUACACCAUCGGGCACUGAUCUCUUCAUUUUGUUAUUAUUUUUUUGCCUGGAACCAACAGUGUUCCACUGGGUCCUGCAGAGAAUACAGCAAUAAGAGGACAAUGAUGUCAAAAAAAACAAAAAUCAAAACAGCAAUCUGUCCCAGAUCCCCUCCUCCAUUUACCAGGCCUUCAUUCCCUCAUGUUCAGCACAGCAUCCAGGCAACCCAUGGCAAGGAUUCCCUUUUAGAAUGAACAUAACAUGUACAUGAUAUAGAGUAACAUUCAUAAUUUAUUUUUGAAUUCUGAAGGACUAUUCAGGAAAUCGAGGUGAAGAGAAAAAAAAGACUCUUGAGACAUAUUUACCCACAUGCCAACCGGUUGGCGGCGGUGAGAGCGAUCGUGGGAUUAAAACACGGGUGGUAAGAGUGAAGAGGGCGCGUGGAAACCUGGUUGGUUCUCAUGCUGACAGCGAGCGAUGGCGAGUUAUAUCAUCGUUAAUCUCUCAGGUGACCCAGAUGUGGAGCUCCAUGCCUUUAUCUGGCUGCAGGCGCUGUCUUCAUUUUGUUGAGUUACAUGGCAAAAUCCCCCAAAUCAUCACGCACCAUCCUGGAGUGCAACACUACACAAAAAUGUCACGAAAAUUAUCUUUACUGAAAUAAUAAUGACAAACAAUUCUAUGUACUCACUGUGAAAUCGGGGCCUGUUUAGUUGAAUACACAGCGAUUAUUCUCUUGUGUGAAAUAGCAACAUGUGUAUAUACACGCAGGUCACUUGUACCUUCUGUUAUCUAGUGGAAGAGCAUUUUAAUUGUUCGGGCCAGAAUUUCUCUUGAUGACCAUAUUUUAACAUGUAAGAUUCCAUGCUCUUGCAUCAACUAGCUUUACUAUGAGUUUACAGAACCAUCGCGACCCACCGUCCUCGCCUCCAGAACCGGUGGCUUUCCCAUUACAAAACUUGCAUUGCAAACACCAGCAUGACCACCGGACUCCAUUCCUUCCGCUCGUCACGCUGCGAGCGUGCCCAGCGUGCAUGUGACCGCAUUAGGUGGACCGGUUGGAACACGGUGAGAUGAAGCUGAGGAGAACAGCUGGAAUGAACAAAACAAAAGCUGAUAUCCAGCUUCUUCUCUCAUCACGAAUCAAAUGACGCUCUCAGAACAUUGAGGACUCACAAAGUCCCUUUAGACAUUCUGCUUUCAAGUCUCAUCUCAGGACUGCUCGAGAAGGACCGGAACAAACUGGACUGGACCAAUUACUGUAUGUUCGAAUGUUGUUAGGACAACUGUUUUUAUUUUAUUUUAAUUUUUUUUCUCUUUGCAAAUUUCCUCAAAUGGUGGCCACUGCUCUAAUUAUACUACGUAUUAUACCAAGUAUAUACCAAGGGGGCAGCCCGUUAGUCCAGUGGUUAGCACGUCGGCUCCACAGUGCAGAGGUACCGGGUUCGAUUCCAGCUCCGGCCUCCCUGUGUGGAGUUUGCAUGUUCUCCCCGGGCCUGCGUGGGUUUUCUCCGGGUGCUCCGGUUUCCUCCCACAUUCCAAAAACAUGCGUAGCAGGCUGAUUGAACACUCUAAAUUGUCCCUAGGUGUGAGUGUGAGUGCGAAUGGUUGUUCGUUUCUGUGUGCCCUGCGAUUGGCUGGCAACCGAUUCAGGGUGUCUCCCGCCUACUGCCCGAAGACGGCUGGGAUAGGCUCCAGCACCCCCGCGACCCUAAUGAGGAUCAAGCGGCUCGGAAGAUGAAUGAAUGAAAAUGAAUAUAUACCAAGUAAUAAAUGAAACCUUAAACCUCACAUUUGUAGUUUCUGCAAAUUCGCCCAUUUGCAAAUUAUCAGCUAAAAAAAAACCCUAUGUUUUUGCGCUCAGGCCAAAACAAGAACGAUGGUGCUAUGGUGUCCACUGGUGGUAACUUGGUGCUCAAAUGAGCUUCAUUUCGACAUAUAGUCUCAUGACAUCUAUAGGCAAAACCACAAGGUUUACAUGGUUCAAACUAUAAUCCCAAAACAGUUUUGUUUUAUUGUUGGGGGGGGGGAAUGCACUUUAGAUGCACGUGCACACGUGAGGACAACUUUCUCUUACUUCCGCUAACAACCCAGGCUAACGUUUGCUCCUCUGUAACAAUUCAGGACUUGACACUGAUAACACUACCGCUUUCCUGUUUAGACAUUGCUUUGGCACCAUUUUGUGGCAUAUUCUUGUGUUUCAGUUUGAGAGAUUAUUGAAUGGAAAUAAUAAGACGGGCGGCCCGGUAGUCCGGUGGUUAGCACGUCGGCUUCACAGUCCAGAGGUACCGGGUUCGAUUCCAGCUCCGGCCUCCGUCUGUGGAGUUUGCAUGUUCUCCCCGGGCCAGCGUGGGUUUUCUCCGGGUGCUCCGGUUUCCUCCCACAUUCCAAAAACAUGCAUGACAGGCUGAUUGGGUGCUCUAAAUUCGCCCCUCGGUGUGAGUGUGCGUGUGGAUGGUUGUUCGUCUCUGUGUGCCCUGCGAUCGGCUGGCAACUGAUUCAGGGUGUCCCCCGCCUACUGCCCGGAGACGGCUGGGAUAGGCUCCAGCACCUCAGGCGACCCUCGUGAGGAUCAAGCGGUUCGGAAAAUGGAUGGAUGGAUGAAAUAAUAAGACAGAGCGACUGCUCCAGAAGCAGUUACACGUUAUUCACUGUCAACCAAUCAACCAACAUCAGCAUAUCUAGCUCCACUUUGACAAAGACUUCCGCAAAAUAGAUGCCUCCUUCAAAUAAAUGUCGCGGCCACCAUUUGAGGUAAUCGUUUUCAGGACCAGAAUCCCCCUCCCUCCCAUGAUUUUCAAGUGCAUCAUCUCUCAUAUAACACUUUCCAGCAGGGUACUUCUUACUGAUGUAACGCUAAAUGUGUGUGUCAUGGCACUUCUGUCAGUCCAAAAAGAGCAAACCAUUCCCCCUGUGCUUGUGAACAAAACAAAAGCAAUUAAGAGUUGAGGUUGCUUGCUUGGGAUCAAUUGGGUCUAGCUGGCUAGACACAAUGACUGGCGGCUAAUUAAGUUUUUUAUUUUGAUUUUCUGGUGGUUUUUUUCUUUGGUUUUGGUUUUUGUUGUUCUGGUUCGACGUUGCCAGCUGAGAACAGGAGCGAGGUGGCGACAAAUUAAUUGAUUUGUAUUUGUGGCUCUGCUGCUUUUUUUUAAUUCUGACCACAGAUGCGCUCCAAAAUCAUCCUAUUUUUUUCUCUACUGUGUUUUUUUUUUGAAGGUAUGCUGCCACUGUUGGAGCUUAAUUUGUUCCACCUUCUUUUGUGUGUCUGCCUUUCCUUUGUACAGAAUUUGGGGAGAAGGCAUAGUUGAUUUUUGUUGUCAGCUUUUGUCUAUGUAACCAGGCUAUAAGGAAUACACAAGCCAGAGAUCAAUAAGGCCACGGGGCUAACAUUUCAGUGUUACUUUCCUCUGUGUGUAUAGAAACAUAAGCAGAUGUAACUUGACCUUUCAUUGGUGCGCUGCUCAAACUGGCUGAAAAGAAUGUUUGUGAUGUGUUUGACAUCAGCAUUGAACUGGAUGAACUGCAUCGUUAUCUGUGGAAUUGAGCUUGAAAGCUUUUGCAAAAGCCGCAUGAGCUCCAGCCACUCCCGACCGUCUCCUUUGUGUUUACGUUGCUGUAAAUGAAUUAACCUCAUGCAAUGUCAUGAUCAAGCUGUGGGGAAUGCCUGGCAUACAUCCUGUGAAGUAUGAUUGUGGUUCGUUUUCUUCGUAGCUGGCCUACAGGAUUAUUGAAUUAAUUUAUUACAAAUGGCAAGUGAGUGUUCUGUUUAAUUUCAGGCAGCUUCAAUAGGAGUAUUAUUUAAAGAAAGCACAAUGAACAGUGGACAGAGGACAGUAUUAGUUUUAUGUUCGGUGGAUCAAAUUGUCAUAUCUUAUAAUCAUCAUUACAGAUGAAGUAUGGAUGUGGUGGCACUUAACAACGACAACAAAUGGUUCCAAAUGUUUACUUCAGUCAACAUAGGUAUCUCUUCUGUUUUCACCAAUCAGGCGGCAAAGAGAUCACAGGUCUGAAAGCAUCUGUGAUGCAGACUUUUAAUUUUUUUAACCCCGUCCUUUCUGUCAUUUUCGCUCAUAUUUAAUACCAGUUUGUGACUGUGAGGUUGUUUCAAAUCAUGACAUCAUCUCAUGUACGCGUUACAUUUUUUUCCUUACUACGCUCCUUUUCAGCUCUUCCUUUCGAGUGACAUUGCGAUCAAACCAACCCUGUCAGAUUCCUGUAUUUUCCAGAGUACAGUACGGUGGACAUCUGGGGGAAUAUAAUCCAAGCAAGCAACAGCAUGGAAUAAAUGCUGAUGUACUGUACCCAA